AUGAACAAUGAAGUUACUCAAUGGUUCAACAUAGUCCAAGCAAAACGUGAAGAUGAUGAUCUCGAUCCUUGGAUAAUGGUUGUAGAAUGGAAUGGGAAUGGUUUAUUACAACGAGGAAUCCCAAAAAAUACUAUAAUUACUAGAAUUUGUGAUAAUUAUCCAACAUCCGUUCGGCAGUUUUUACCUACUCAUUCUGCUACUCCAGCAAUCGCACCCACUCUAUCUGAAUCUCUUUUUUAUGCUGAUGGUCCUCAUGUUUUUCAAAAGUGUUAUAAUAUCGUUGAGGAUCUACAAAGGCAAUAUUUGUUCAGAAAUGUACCUUCAUUAGGUCGUGUAUAUCUCGUAUCAGCAACAAGAGCAAAUGUCGCAGAUAUUCUAGAAAUUCAUAAGAGAAGCGAUGAAAGAUUCGAAUAUGUAUUUAAUCCAAAUGUUGCACCAAGUUCAUCCAACAACCGAAGAACCAUAAACAGUUUUGUUGACAGAAUAUCAUCCAUUGAACAAAUAGAAAACGAAAAAUCAUUUGCUAAAUUAAUUUUUCAGUGUGGAUUGCCAUUGUCUCUUUCUGAAAUGGAACCAUUAAAAAAUUGGAUUAAAAAAACAAGACCAGCAUUAAAAUUACCAUCAAGAAAAAAAAUUUCUACUACAUUACUUGAUGAAGUGUAUCAAGAUACAAAAAAACAUGUAGAAAAAUUUAUUAAUGAUGCUAAGUUUAUUUGUCUUAUUUGUGAUGGAUGGUAA